CAAGAUUACCUCCCUAUUUCCUUUCAGUUAAAAUGAGGAGUUAUUUAAACUUAGAAUCACCAGAAUCAUGGUCACUUGAUUCUUUUGGUAAAUGGUGUUUAGAUAAAGAAAAUUUUAAUGGUGAAAAAUCGAAAAUAAUUGGUUACAUGAGAAAGGAACUUGAGGUUACAUCUGAUAAUUUAUUUCUUGAUCAAGAUGUGUGUGCUAAGGCGGCUUUACUUCUUGAUGAUUUAAAGUUAACAUUAGAUAUGUUGGAAUGGAAAAAAACCAAAACAAAACAAGGUUUUUUCUUAGUACCAAAAGUAGAGGCAAACAAAAGAAAAUUGGAGCAGAUUGAAAGUAUAAAAUCAUUACAAAUGGCAAAAAAGUCUCUUCAGGAGAAAAAGGCUGAGGUCCGGAUCCACAAGUGUCAUACUGAAUUGGCAGUAAAAAUUUAUAAACAGCAGUCAACCACAGCAAUAUUCCUAGGACAAUCAAUAUCUGAUAAAUUCAUUCAUGGUCAAGUUGAAAAUAUUAAUGUAUCAACUAAACAUUCAUCCAAAUCAACACAGCCUAUUGUGAUAGAAAAUGAAAAUUUGAAU